ACUAGGAACUAGGCCCCUUCUAGGCUACUGCGAUCCGUCGAUCCAUUCUCUGAUGAGCAUAGAGAUGGCAGAUGACAUAACGGCGUCGUCGCCGACCACGCCAACGAUUCGAGAGUUCUACGCCGGACGCAGCAUUCUUGUCACCGGCUCCACGGGUUUCCUCGGAAAGGUUCUGGUGGAGAAGUUUCUGCGAGCAUGUCCGCGCCUCGCUCGCAUCUAUGUCCUCAUCCGACCGAAGGAUGGCAAGGACGCAAAGCAGCGACUCGCUCAGAUUCUCGCCGAGAAGCUGUUUGACCGCGUCAGGCAGGCCACGCCCGGCGUGGAGGAGAAGGUGGUGGCGAUCAGCGGCGACAUCACGGAACCGAACCUUGGCGUGGCGGCGAGCGACGAGGAGGCGCUGCAACGCGAAGUCUCCAUCGUCUUCCACUCCGCCGCCACCGUCCGCUUCGACGACCACCUCAGGAUAGGGGCCAUACUGCUGAAACGUGGUGGGAGCUACAAAAUGUCAUGCAGCUAA